UGCCUCUCUGUAUCUGCAUUGUCAUCUUUAUUUCACUUCUGUUCCUGAAUCUGGGUCUUUUUUUCCGUCACUUUCUGGUCGUUUUCUUCUGGGUUUUCCAUUUUUUAAAUUCGGGGAUUUAAACGCUCUGUUACCAGGUCCCGGCAACGUACUGGACUUCAGGGUUUUACCUCAUAUGAUUUGUAAUACAUUUUUAAUUUAGAAAUCGUGAUUCGUUUUGUUCCCCAUUGCUCUAUUGUUUUCGUUUGUUAAAUCUGGGUUUUUGUUAUUUUCUGUAUCUAUCACUAUCUCUAGCUUUUUGUUAUUGUAUUUUACGCCACUUUCGUUUUAAAAAUGUGGGUUUGCUCUUGUGUUUCAGCUUUAUGAACAGGGUCUUUUACCUUAUUUUUUUAAAUUAAUUUUUUUAUUUGAUGGCUUUUGCUUUCUGGGAUUUCGGAUAUCAAAGCAAGCUAAUAUAUCUUUCCAUUUCUGGAUGGGGGAUCACUUUGUGUUGCUGAUGGAUCGGUUGCUAACUGAAUCAACCAUUGAAGCUGCUAUCGAGAGCAACAACCGGUUGCAGCAAGCUGCAGCCUUGGCAAACAAAGAUAGCAUGGCUAAACUUUCUUCUCACAGAGUGGAUAAAGAUAUUGGUUCAUCCCCAAGUAAACUGGUAGAGUGUAGGAUUUGCCAUGACGAGGAUCAAGACUCAAACAUGGAAAUUCCUUGCUCUUGCUGUGGCAGCUUAAAGUAUGCUCACCGCAAUUGUGUUCAGAGGUGGUGCAAUGAGAAGGGUGAUACUAUCUGUGAGAUUUGCCGUGAGCAAUAUAAACCUGGCUAUACAGCACCUCCUCCUCUCUUCCACUAUGGUGAUAACUUCAGGGCAAAUUGGGAGAUUUCAAGAAGGGACCUGCAUAACCCUCAGUUUAUAUCCAUGGUUACUGCUGAUCGUGAAUUUCUGGAUUCUAACUUUGAUGAGUAUUACACACCCAGUUCUAGAAGCCUUUUAUGCUGCCGUAUUAUUGCUAUAAUUGUAUAUUUCAUGGUUCUUCUGGUGUUACGGCAUACUCUUCCGAUCAUAAUUAGUGGGGCUGGAGAAUAUUCCUUGACAUUGUUAAUGUUAAUGAUGUUGAGAACCAUUGGGAUUCUGUUGCUUAUCUAUAUCAUGGUUAAGGCAUUCACUGUCAUCCAACGUCGUCGAAACCAGCAGGAAACUCGAUUAUCGCUUGGUGCAACAGAUGAAGAAAAUGAGUUGCCACGACUGCAGCAUACUCGGCCACGUCUUAUUCAUGUUCAAUGAUUGUUGUGACAACCAAGUCACAUUGGAAGAAUUAAGUAGCAGGGUAUAGUGUACAGAAAGUUGUGGCAGCGGAAGAUCCUCAUAAGGUUGCUGCAAAUGGUGAGGCUUUGGUGGACUAUAGUUUAAAGGGCAAUCAUCCCUGGAUCUUUAGAUGAAAAUAGUUGAGAAAUCAAUUGACAUACUGAGAUGUAUAUUUUAUGAAUUCUGUUAAGUAUAUAUGUAUAGUUACAAGGGUAUUUAGCAGUGUAUGUAACUCUUGCAAAAUAGAAAAAAGAAAAAAAAUAGAAAAUACAAAGAAUCUGAGCUGA